UCCCUCGUCUCCUGUUCUUUCUUACCAUUUCAAAGUCAAGAAACCGUGGGUUUUCCAGAAAUUAAAUUGACAAAAUAAUAAGUUAAUUCCGUGUCUAAGUACUACUUCUUUGAAAUAAAUGGUCUCGCAAACUAUCAAGACUCCACCGGUACCAAACUAGUUUUUUCUCUUGAACAACUAUUAUAUAAUUAUCUGAAUCCAAAAUCCUUGAGAAAUAUGUGCAUGGUCUUCAAACCCAGAUUUUGAGACAAGUAUUGAUACCAGAAAAACCUCUCUCUCUCUCUCUCUCUCUCUCUCUCUCUCUCUAUUUCUUCAAGUUCUUUUUGACCUGUGUGGAUUCUGAAGGGUAUUGGCUUGCGGGUGAGUGAAUAAUGGCGGGGGGAGGUGAUGGAAAGUUGAGGGAGCUUGAUCAGACACCCACAUGGGCGGUGGCGGGUGUCUGUGCAGUCAUCAUCCUUAUCUCUAUUGCCUUGGAGAAGAUUAUUCACAAACUUGGACAUUGGUUUACAGAGAAGCGCAAGAAGGCCCUAUAUGAGGCUUUGGAGAAGGUUAAAGCCGAGUUGAUGAUUCUCGGUUUCAUUUCACUAAUCCUGGUAUUUAGCCAAUAUUACAUCGCGGAUAUCUGUAUUCCCGUUAAAGCUGCUGAUACCAUGUUGCCAUGUCCUAAGCCUGACAAACCUGAUUCCAAAUACAAUGAAGAGGAAAAUCGUCGGAAGCUUUUGUGGUAUGAGCGUCGAGAAUUAGCCGGUGGUAAAUCUUCUGGUUGCAAAGAGGGGAAAGUGCCGCUUAUAACUGUUGAUGGACUGCAUCAAUUACACAUCCUCAUAUUCUUCUUAGCAGUCUUCAUGUGGUAUACAAUUCGUGGCUGGAAGCAGUGGGAGGAGGAGACUUCAUCCCAUGACUAUGAGUUUUCCAAUGGUAUAUCAUUGCUACAAGGAUGCUUCUUUCGACAAUUUUUCAAGUCUGUUAGCAAGUCUGACUACUUGACCUUGCGGAUGAUGGAUUCAUCACACUGUGAGUCCCAAUUGCACGUCCAUUUGGCCCCCGGAAGUAAAUUUAACUUCCAACAGUAUAUCAAGAGGUCAUUGGAGGAUGACUUCAAGACAGUUGUGGGAGUCAGUCCGGUGUUAUGGGUAUCAUUUGUGGUUUUCUUGCUUCUAAAUGUUGAUGGGGUGGAGAGCAUUGUUUGGGCGUCCUUAAUUCCUAUGAUCUUAAUCUUAGCUGUGGGAACCAAAGCUUCAAGCUAUUUGACAAAGAUGGCUCUUGAAAUCACUGAAAGGCAUGCAGUGUUCCAAGGGAAUGCCUCUUGUGCAAGGGUCAGACAAGUAUUUUUGGUUUUGGUCGGCCCCAGUUAG